CGCGGCAUCUCCGGGCUCCUGUCACAGCUCCAUCCCUCGGCGAGUGCUGCUUAACUUUGAAUAAGUCUUCGAGUUGCCUGAAACCUCGUUCUUGCAUGGUUCAUCCCUGCAAUAUUCUAUGAUAAUACGUCUCAACUAGACUUUAAUUUGCUCUUCAGGAGCCCGGUAUUGUAGCUCCAAUUGUGAAGUCGAAAUGAGAAGCUGGAUUCGGGCGCUUGGGCUGUCUGCCUUAUUGGCAGGGCUAACUCUUGCAAAUGAAGCGGAAUUGACGCAAGACGCCUCCAAACGGUUACAAUGUUCGGGCAUGUAUAGCCGCAAGGCUUGGGGCGGAAAUACCGACCCAUUCAUCCUGACCAAGUUCGCAAAACUACCGACCGAUGGUGAUUUUGAUCCUAUUGUUAGUCUUUUGAUCUUCGAAUGGAGUGAUGAAGCUUUGAUUGGGAGACGUAUAUCCGACGAUCCCGAGGACUACAAAUCGAUUUGCGAUCAAGGCAGCGUACAAGACGGAUUAUGCACCUCCGGCCAACUCGGUUCCUUCCUUCUCGCCCCGAACGCCAGCGAUGCCUCUCAAUUUCAUAUACUCUCACAAGGAGUACAUCUUAAAAACCCCGAAGCCAUUAACUAUCCCAUAAAGAAGACAGGAUACUAUUGUGUGAGCACAUACGGCUAUUCUGGCGACGAUUAUAGGGGCGUGGUGGAGUUUAGGAAUGCGUACGGCGAGCUUCCAGCCGCGCAGAUCCCGAAGCUGCCAUUUUAUGGGGGCCUGACAAUCGUUUACGCCGUUGUUGGCUUGUACUGGGCCUUCCUAUACGUUCAAAACCGCCAUGAUAUCCUGCCCGUGCAAAACUACAUUACUGCUAUCUUGGUGUUCUUGAUUUUAGAGCAGUUGAUGACAUGGGGCUUCUACGACUAUCAAAACCGACACGGACUAAAUGUUGGAGCAAAAGUACUGAUGGUUGUCGUUUCUGUCCUCAACGCGAUUCGCACCUCCUUCUCGUUUUUCCUGCUUCUUAUUGUCUGUAUGGGCUACGGUGUGGUCAAGCCUUCAUUGGGUCGAACUAUGGUAUAUGUUCGCAUUCUCGCCAUCACGCAUUUUGUAUUUGCCAUGAUUUAUGCUAUCGCCAGCUUAUCCAUUACCCCUGAAGCUGCUGGCAUCCUCAUUCUAUUUAUUGAACUCCCUCUUGCCGCAACAUUGACUGCAUUCUACGUGUGGACUUUGAGUUCACUGAAUGCAACUAUGAAAGAUCUGAUCGACAGGAAGCAGAAGACCAAGGCGAUGAUGUAUAAGAAGCUCUGGUGGUGCCUCCUCGGUAGCAUCAUCGUGCUAUUUGGGUUCAUUUUUAUCAAUGCUCUUGCAUUCGCUAGCCGUUCCGAGGCCGAUUUCUUACCCGAACACUGGAAGAGUCGUUGGUUUGUAUUGGAUGGAUGGCUCAGCAUUGUCUAUUUUGUUGAUCUGGCAUUCAUUGCCUACUUGUGGCGUCCCACUGCCAACAAUCGGCGAUUUGCGAUGAGUGACGAGCUCGCUCAAGACGACGAUGGCUUCGAGAUUCGAUCCUUCAAUGGAGCUUUGGACGAAGAGGAUGCCCUUGGUGGCCUGGACGAACAGCCUCCUCAUGAACAGCGCCGUGACCUAUCACCAGUACCUCCCAAGCCUGUUCCCUCCGCCGCACGAACUCGGGAGUCUCUAGAUGCAAUGGAUUCUGAGACAAUCUUCGCCGUUGGUGAUGAUCCCGAUAAAUGGACCGAUGACGAGGACUCGCCGCGUAACUCGACCGAAAGGAAGGCACUUACAAGAGAUAUGGAUUAAACACUGCUGUAUUCUUUCUUCCGGUGGAGCGACUGUCCCAACGAACCGUGACGGCCAGUCGCGCCUUUUUUGUGUAUUGAUAACAAGCUCCGAAGGUUUCACUUUUCGGCUCACCCCACCGAGGACACAUCAGAAAACAGGCUCUUGGAUCUUGACUGUAUUCGACUUUGGAAGGCAUAUGGCGGCGUUAUGAAUGGGAUGUUUACAGCUAUUAUUUCUCUAUUUUCUAACGUACUAUUUAAUAUGUCAAGUCUGAUUUGGCGAUGAGGGAUGAACGCCUUUACAUUGUACAUUGUACGAAAUAUGUCCUUGUCAGCACUAGUGGCAUAUGAAAAGAAAUAUAUACAAAAUGAAAAAAACAUGG